AUGCUCACGGGAUCUGAUGGCGAAGCCUCUGACAUUGAGGACACGGGCGCCGGACCGUCGAGAUCGACUGCUGCCGCGGGCUCACUUCCUGUGGCGAAAACUACGUCCACUCCUUCCAAGUCGCCGUCCUUACGUCUCGGGUCAAAACGGAAGCGUGCUGCCCUUGAACGUAUUACUGCCGCGGCGGUCUCGGCCGACUGUCGGGACCGAAACACGGACGCCGAGCUCACAGCGAAGCUGGCAACCCUUGCCGGCCAGGUGGGGGCUAUCAAGCGCGAUUUCGAUGCGCUCCCAAUUGCUCCCGCCCAGCUCAAGUCGGGCGAACCGCCCCUGGUAGUCGUUACUCAAAAGGCCGUGAACGACAUGCUGGCGCGGAUGGACGACAUACAUCACGGCGUGGAGUUUGCGCUACGUGAGCUGCUCGGCCGUAUUCACGGGCUGGAGUCGCGCGUGGUCGAUAGGGACGCCCAGUGGGAAGAUUUGGUUGCGAUUAAGGCGAGGCUAGAGGAUCUGCCUGCCCAUCUUGGUUCGCUGGAGUCGCGCGUGAACGAUAGAGACACCCAGCUCGGGAGUUUGGCACGCUCCGUUAUCGCGGCGCUGGGACCGCCGGGGAUGCGGAGGCUACGUGAGGACGGCGACGUCGACAUGAAGAACGACGUUGCUAAGGAGGGCUCGCCGCUGUCAGAUGCUCCCGACUGCGUCUAA